AUGGCCCGGAAAGGCACCAAAAAGAAUUCAGAUGAUGAGGAGCGGGUUCUGGCCGCGGUCAAAGCCUAUAGAAGCGAAAAGUUCAAAAAUAUCAGAGAUGCAGCUAUGGCUCACGAUAUCACCUAUGGGAAACUCAGGAACCGCCUUGCCAGUGUCCAGUCUAAAACGCAUUCGCAUAUAUAUCAGCAAGCUCUCACUCCUCCAGAAGAGAAGGCGAUAGUGGCUUGGAUUAUUCAACUAGAUAUAUGGGGAUUCCCGCCCCGUAGGAAAUAUGUUAAAGACCUGGCCACCAAUUAUGUCCGCAGCCAUGGUGUCAAAAAUCCGAAUUUAGGGGUUAAUUGGACCACUAGAUUCCUUACUCGCCACCCAGAAUUGGAGUCAAAAUUCGUAAUUCGGUUAGACAAGCAAAGGGGCUUCGCUAAUAAUCCAAAUGUGAUUAAGGACUUUUUUAAAAAACUCCAAAUGCUGAUCCGAAAGCACCAUAUUUUACCAGAAAACACAUAUAAUAUGGACGAGAAAGGGUUCUUAAUGGGACAGGGGAGAGCUACCAGAGUUAUCUGUCAGAAAGGAAAGAAGCGAAUUUUCUAA